CUGCGGAUAAAAUAACAAAAAGUACAGGACAAAGGGAAGAGGUCUCUGCUCGCUUUUCCGACUGACGGCGACGGAGGCCACCCUUUAGUUACCGGCGUUUGGAGGAGCUCCGGCGCAGAUGGAAACCAGCAGCCAGGUCAGUUCCAUCAUGUGGUUCUUCAAAGACCAAGGCUUUGACGACAAAAAAAUCCACGAAAUGACCGGAAAAUGCAAACGGCUCGACAAUAUCACCAAAGAAAAAGCCUCUGAAAACUGGGAGUACCUAAAAAGCAUCGGCAUACACGAGAGGCAACUUCCCGCCAUAAUCGGCAGGUGCCCCAAAAUCCUCUCCAUCGACCUGCACGAAAAACUUGUCCCGAUGGUCCAAUGCCUGAAAUCUCUCGAAACAAAACCGAACGAGAUAUCUCGCGCCAUUACUAAAUUCCCGCACAUCCUCCUUCACGGCCUCGAACAAAAGCUCUGCCCUCUUUUAGCCUUUUUUGAGUCUCUUGGCGCAAACGAGAAGCAAAUUGGGAAAAUGUUACUCCUUAACCCCCGGAUUAUCAGCUACAGCAUCGAGUCCAAACUUUCACUUACAGUCGAUUUUUUCGCCAGCUUGGGUUUGUCGAGAAACGGGACUAUCGGUCAAAUUCUGGUCAAACACCCAUUCGUCAUGGGUUAUAGCGUCGAGAAAAGGCUAAAACCGACCUCUGAGUUCUUGAAGUCGUUGGGCCUGAACGGGCCUCUGCUCGGGCUCGUGGGUUUGAAUUUCCCGGAAAUUCUGUGUCGGGAUGUGGAUAAGAUUCUGAGGCCGAACGUUUUGUAUUUGAAGUCGUGUGGGUUUGAUUCGGGACAGGUGGCGGCUUUGGUGGGUGGGUACCCUCCGGUUUUGAUCAAGAGCGUGGAUAAUUCUUUGGGGCCGAGGGUUCGGUUUUUGAAAGAGGUGAUGGGGCGGGAACUUUCGGAGGUUGCUGAAUAUCCAGAGUUCUUUAAGCACAGUUUGAAGAGAAGGUUGGAGUUGAGGCAUAAGUUGUUGAGAGGGAAGAAUGUGGAGUGUAGUUUGAGGGAGAUGUUGGAUUGUAACCAGAAGAAGUUCUUGGUGAAGUUUGGGUUGUGUUGAGCAAUUUGUUUGUUUAGCCUUUUUUCUUUUUUCUUUUUUUUUGGGUUAGUGUGUGGUUUAUGUAUGGUUAAUGUGUUAUUGUGGAAGAUUGGACUUUGAUGUGAGAUGGACCAAAGAUGAGAAAGUUUUGGUUUUGAUGGGUUUUUGUGGUUUUGAUCUUUGUUGGUCUUAUUAUUCUUUAAACAAGAUAUACGAAGGAAAAAACAAAGGAAAU